AUGACGGCCAACCAUGGCGUUCACGAUGCCGUCACCUUGGCCGAAGCCACCAGCAUGGAGAUUGGCGCCGGGCCCGGUACGAGGAGCUCGUUGUCUCACCGGCGCUCUCACUCCAUAGACAAAGUCGAAGAGGACUUCUCCCUCGAUGCCGAUGACGACGACUUUGAGGACGAGCCGCUCAUGGAUCCCAAUCUGCCGGAUGAGUACGAGCUGCAGGACCGGGGCCAGCUGGAGGACGCACUUCUCCCGGACGACGGCUUGCACAGACACGGCGAGGAAGACUCGCCUUACCCGGAGGUGCGGGCCGCCGUUCGGAACUACGACGAGGACCUCCCCUGCAACACCGUACGAGCCUGGGUCAUUGGCAUGACCCUCGUCUUCUUUGGAGCGGCCAUGAACACCCUCUUCUCCCUUCGCCAGCCGACCAUCUCGAUAGGCGCCCUCGUGGCCCAGAUCAUUGCCUGGCCGAUGGGCCACGCCUGGGCAGGCGUGAUGCCGAGCAAAGAGUUCACCACCUUUGGCCACACCUGGAGUCUGAACCCCGGACCAUUCAACUUCAAGGAGCAUGCCAUCAUCAGCGUCAUGGCCAACGUCGCCUUUUCCGUCGCCUACUCGACUGAUAUCGUCCUGGCCCAGCUCAUAUUCUACAAGCAAAACUUUGGCAUUCUCUUCCAGCUGCUGCUCACCAUAUCGACCCAGUCUCUGGGCUAUGGGAUUGCCGGAACGAUGCGCAAGUUCCUAGUCUACCCGGCCGCCAUGAUCUGGCCGAGCAACCUCGUCAAGGUGACGCUGAUGAACGCAAUGUACGAGAAGGACGAGCAAGGAGACCCGACCGUCUUCGGAGGCACCAUGCCCCGGUACCGAUGGUUCAUGCUCGUCACCGCUGCCGCCGGUCUCUACUACUUCAUUCCCGGCUUCUUGGCCCAGUGCCUCAGCGUCUUCGCCUUUGCCACCUGGAUCGCACCGCAGAACGUCGUCAUCAACCAACUCUUUGGCGGCACGACGGGCCUGUCACUCUUGCCCAUCACCUUUGACUGGACCCAGGUUGCCGGCUGGUUCGGCUCGCCGCUGAUUCCGCCAUGGUACGCGAUUGCCAACACCCUCAUCGGCGUUGUCCUAUUCUUCGUUCUCGGCUCCUCUGUCCUGCACUACUCUGGUGCCUGGUAUGCUCCGUAUCUCCCCAUGAGCGACGCGGGCACGUACGACAACACAGGCCAGCCGUACAACACGUCUCGCAUCCUCACGCCCGAGUUCACCCUGGACGAGGAGGCGUACCAGAAGUACUCCCCGCUGUUCAUCAGCACCACAUUCGCCAUGGCCUAUGGGCUCUCCUUCGCCACGAUAUCGUCCCUCAUUGUUUAUACUCUGCUCUACUACCGCAAGCAGAUAUGGAGGCAGUAUAGGGAUAGCGCAAGUGAAAAACCCGAUAUUCACAUGAAGCUGAUGAAACGGUACAAAGAGGCACCAACGUGGUGGUACAUGUCACUAUUUGCUGUCAUGCUUGCCCUAGGCUUAUACACCGUAUUGGCCUAUCCUACCAACCUCAGCUGGUGGGGCUUUCUGCUCGCCGUCGUGAUAUCCUUUGGCUUUUCCCUGCCCAUUGGAAUCAUCGAGGCCGUGACGAAUAACCAAAUCGGUCUGAACGUCCUGACCGAGUUCGUCUACGGAUACAUACAACCGGGCCGACCCUUGGCUCUGAUGAUCUUCAAGACGUUUGGAUACAUCACCAUGUCCCAGGCCCUGAGCUUCGUCUCGGACCUCAAGUUUGGGCAUUACAUGAAGAUCCCCCCGCGCACCAUGUUCUGGUCUCAGGUCGUCGCCACGACGGCUUCCUGUUUUGUCCAGAUCGUCGUCCUCAACCUCGCCCUCGCCAACAUCGACAACGUCUGCGAUGUCCACCAACGCGACCGGUUUACGUGUCCCGGUGGACGCGUCUUCUUCGCCGCCUCCGUUAUUUGGGGCCUCAUCGGGCCGGCCCGCAUGUUCUCCCCCGGUCGCAUCUACUCGGACCUCUUCCUUUUCUUCAUCCUCGGCGCCCUCGUGCCCGUCGUCGUCUACUACUACUGCAAGCGCAAGCCCCAGUCGCCGCUCAAGUACCUCAUGGCGCCCCUCGUUUUCGGCGGUGCCAGUGCCAUCCCUCCGGCCACCCCCCUCAACUAUUUCUCUUGGGGCCUCGUCGGCUUCGUCUUCCAGUUCUACAUCAAAAAGCGCCACUUUGGCUGGUGGAGCCGCCUCAACUUCCUCACCUCGUGCGGCCUCGACCUCGGCCUCGCCCUCGCAACACUCUUCAUCUUCUUUGCCUUUACUAUGCGCGAUAUCGAGCCCCCCAAGUGGUGGGGGAACGAGAUUGUGGCCACAACCAUGGACGUCAUGGGCACGGCGGUGAGGGCGAAAGUGGCAGAGGGACAGAAGUUUGGGCCUGAAGCGUGGUGA